AAGGUUGGGUUGUACUGUAUGAAGAAGAGAGAUGACGAUGGAAGAGAGAGAAGCCAUGCGCAAUUGAGGAGAGAGAAUGGGUGUUAGUGAGUAAAAAGAGAUUAGAAAAGUAAAAUAAAGGCUGAUGUAGACUGGUUAAGAAGAUGAGACCAUGAUCCAAAAUAAAUAGUGCAAAAAAUAAGGGACUACUACCACUUUUGGCAAAUGGGGCAAAAAUAAAGGAAUGGAGGGAGUAUUUAUUUUUCCUUUUGAACCUUUCACGAUUACGCUGCACCCCCUUCGGCCCUUCACCCUUUCUAUCUCUCUCCUUCAUUGAAGCUUACUUUGAAUUCUCCAUAGAAAUGCCUACUGAUCUAUCUCUCCUGAAGUAACUUUGAAAUAGAACUGCUGUAUUUACUUCACUUUAUGUCCAUGCUGCUGUAGAAUUUGGAAUCGAUAAGCAUUGAAAUGGAAAAGGGAUCACCAAGCUUGCUUAGAAUAUUUCAUUAGGCGAUUGCUUAUUGCAACACUAUGAGAAGAAGACUACCGCCCAAGGCGCUGUGCAACAUGCAGAAUCAAUCAGAUAGACUAAGCAACUUACCAAGCCAUAUUGUUGAUGGGAUUCUGUCUUGGUUGUCCAUUAGAGAUGCAGUUAGGACUAGUAUUUUAUCGAGCAAUUGGAGGUACAAAUGGGCUAGUCUACCAAAUCUCAUAUUUGACAAGGACUGCUGCCCAUCUAAUGAUCAAGCUAUAGCCAAGAGCAAACUUAUCAAUAUCAUUGAUCAAGUUUUGGUACUUCACACUGGCAUAAUACAGAAGUUCAAGCUAUCCCAUAAAGAUCUUCAAGCUGUCGCUGAUAUUGACCGAUGGAUUCUAUAUGUAUCUAGAAGCCCUAUUGAAGAUUUUGUACUUGAAAUUUGGAAGGGUCAGAGGUACAAAAUGCCUUCUUCUUUGUAUUCUUGUGAGCACUUGCUUCAUCUGGAGCUGUUCAACUGUUUGUUAAACCCACCACCAGUUUUCAAAGGUUUUCCAAACUUAAGGAGCCUUGAUCUUCAGCAUAUUACCAUGACAGAAGACGCGUUCAAGAAUCUGAUUGCGUGGUGUCCCUCACUAGAGAGGUUGACAUUGAUGAACUUUGAAGGUUUCUUCAAUCUCAAGAUUAAUGCUCCUAAUCUUCAGUUCUUUGACAUUGGAGGUAAUUUUGAAGAUGUUACUUUUGAGAAUACCAACAUGCUGUCUAUAAUUUCAAUUGGUUUAUAUAUCAAUGUUGAAACUGAAUUUAAUGGAAGACAAAACCAUCCAAGCAACAUGUUGAAUUUUUUUGCCUGCCUUCCUCAUAUACAGAGGCUUGAGGUCCAAAGUUACUUCUUAAAGUAUCUAGCUCAUGGCAAUGUGCCAAGUAGACUACCAGUUCCAUGUCUUGAUCUGUACUAUCUCUCCAUCCGUAUCAACUACUAUGAUAUCAAGGAAAAUAAGGCAGCUUUUUGUCUGUUUAAAAGCUCUCCAAAUUUGUCUGAACUUGAGAUGCUGGCUAGGUAUGAGGAGGAAUCUAUUGCAAAAACAGGAACAACCUUUUGGGAGGAGAAACUUCAGGCCGAUUGCGUGUUUCACCAGCUUCGAGUAGUUAGAAUUAUCGAUAUUUGUGCGACUAAACCAGAGCUAGAUUUUGUGAAGUUUCUGCUUGCAAAUUCUCCUGUGCUUGAGAAGUUGACUGUUAAACCGAAUAGUGCUGAUGGAGGACUGGAAUUGCUUAAAGAGCUGGUGCGGUAUAAGCGAGCUUCUGUACAGGCAGAAGUCAUUUAUAUGGACACCUAGAUUGUGAUUUGUGAAAGAUCUAUGUACAUACUUUUGUAAAUAGAUAGUAACUUUCGCUUGAAUUUCAAGCAUAGAAAGAAAGCAAAAAUCUAAGGCCAGCAACAAACUUGUUGACCAUGGCAUCGUAGCCCCAAUGAUUGUGGUGCUGACUUGUAGCAUGGUUGAAGGAAGUUGCUCUUAAAGUCGGGAACUGUAGCUUUACCCAGCCAUGAACAUGGCUCAAACGGGUAUCAAGGUUGUGGGGAUGGGAUUUAGUUUUAGCAUCAAACUCUCAAACCUGUUGGUGUGGAUAGUUGUCGAUCAGUCCAGUUUUUUUUAAGCCAUAGACAUGUUCAUACAUGAUAUUAUUUGGCAUAUGUUGUAAUCAAUUACUAUAUUAUCUAGAGGAUCUUCUUUGAAAGAGUAUCCAGGGAGAGAAAAUGGAAGAAAAUCACAAAACAUGGAUUUUGGUUUUUGUUGAUCUAAUGGAAAUUUAGUCUUCAU